AUGAGUAAGAUUAAUCGAUACAAAAGGUUCUUAGGAUUUCAUCAUUGCCAGGCUAAUGUCAAUGGUAAGAUCUGGUGCUUCUGGAACUACUUGGAUCACAUUGAGGUAUUGGUUAACAGUGAACAACAUAUUACUCACAACAUGAAAGAAAAUGUUGCAGACUCAGGAACCUUCAUUACAGCAGUAUAUGCCAAAUGUACUACUAGUGAAAAAAGAGAUCUGUGGGAUAGUAUUCAUAACAUGAACAACACUAUUGAUGGCCCUUGGUGUAUUGGUGGUGACUUCAACAUUAUCAUGGAUCCGACUGAAAAACUAGGUGGUAAUCCUCAUCGAGCAUACAGAAGUCUGGAUUUUAUUAGCACUAUGGAAUCUUGUGGAUUAAUGGACAUUGGAUUCACUGGCCCAAGAUACACUUGGUGCAACAAUAGAAGACCUAGCAAAAGAAUUUGGAAGAGACUGGACAAGAUUAUGAUCAAUGAGCAAUGGGCUCAACACUUCCAAAAUAACACUGUGAAGCAUUUGGUAAGGAAUGGUUCUGAUCAUAGACCCCUUCUUUUGAAAUGUCACAACGACCAACAUCAGCACAUCAAAUACUUCAGAUUCCUCAACUUCUGGACCACUCAACCUGUCUUUCUAGAUAUGGUUCAGGAGAUUUGGAAUACCAAUAUUCAAGGUAAUGCUAUGUGGAGGCUCAAAAGUAAGCUGAAACUUCUUGCUAAGCAUCUCAGUCAAUGGUCAAGGGAAAACAUAGGGGACAUUCAUGAACAAGUAAGUUCCUGGGAAGCUAAGGUGCAAAUCCUAGAAGAAAUGGAUAUGCAAAAUAACAAUGAGCAAGGAAGAGAAGAGCUAAACAGAGGCUAUGCUGAAUACGCUAGAUGGCUGGGAAUGCAAGAAUCCUUGAUGAAACAGAAAGCUAAGAUUAAUUGGUUCAAGGAUGGUGACUGCAACACUAGCUAUUUUCAUAGUAUUCUGAGAGACAGAAGAAGAAGACUUCAACUACACAGAAUGAAGAAUCAUAGAGAUAGGUGGAUACAAGGAGAGGAUAAAAUUGCUAAGGCCGCUGUCAAGCACUUUAAGAGUUUCUUCAAUCUCAACCAGCAGCCUAGUGUGAGCAAUGAUAUGCUGAAUUGCAUCCCUAACCUUACUACAGAGGAAAACAAUGAAAGGUUGACUAUCAUGCCUUUAGAAGAGGAAAUCAAAGAUACUGUUUUCAGUAUGAGCAUUGAAAGUUCUGCUGGACCUGAUGGCUUUAAUAGGAAAUUUUUUCAGGCUACAUGGGAUAUCAUCAAGCAGGACAUCAUUGAGAUUGUCAGGGAUUUAUUUAAAGGGAAUAACCUCACUAAAUUUUACUCACACACCUGCAAUGCCCUUAUCCCUAAGGUGGAAUCUCCGUCCAGAUUUGAAGAACUCAGACCCAUUAGUUUGGUGCAACUACACUAG